AUGGACACCGAUGCUGAAUUUGUCAUUGGAGUGACUCCUGCUCCGGGUCUCUCUGAGCUGAGGAUUGUGCUGCUGGGGAAGGCUGGAGUGGGGAAGAGUGCAGCAGGAAACACCAUCCUGGGGAGAGAGGAGAGGAAAUUUGCCUCAUCAUCAGUAACCCAUCAGUGUCAGGGAGCAAGAGGGGAGGUGGGUGGGAGAAGUGUUUCAGUGAUUGAUACUCCAGGGUUAGUUGACAUGGACAUCUCAAAUCAGGACACCGUUAGUGAGAUUAAAAGGUGUAUCUCCCUGUCUGCCCCGGGACCCCAUGUGUUCCUGCUCGUCCUCCGCUUGUUGAGUUCCACUCAAGAGGAGAGAGAGAUGCUGCAUAUGAUUGAGAACACAUUUGGUGAGAAUGCUCUAAAAUAUUCAAUAGUGCUGUUCACACAUGGAGAUGAGAUGAAAAGGAAACAAAUGGAGGAGUCUCUACAGCACAGCUGUGAGCUUCCAGAGCUCAUCAGCCGCUGCCAUGGUGGAUAUCACAUGUUCAACAAUGAAAAUAUGGCUGACCGCGCUCAGGUCACAGAGCUGCUGGAGAAGAUUGACAGGAUGGUGGAGAGGAAUGGAGGAGGCCACUAUACCAAUGAGAUGCUCUUGGAAGCACAGAGAGCUCUCAGAGAACAGCAGAAUCAGAGCCUGCAUGUCCCAGAGGAAGUUGUGGGUAUUCAGAAGGAUAAUGUUCUGGCAUAG